UGAACAUUGGACAGUCGACGUGCAGCGUUUACGACCUCGUCAUUGUUUACUUGAGCUGCCUCAGGAGAAUCACUUCUACCACCAUGCAUCAAGAGGAGCUUCUCACUGAGAAUUCAUGAAACACACGCUUCAAUCCAAUAAUGCCCUAAAGGUGAACCAUCCAACCUCUAGUGCAGACCAACAAGCUUGUAAUGGAUGUACCGGCUCCAAGGCAGGCCUUGUCUGUGAAUGCUUGAGAAGAACAAAACAAAAAAGUGACCAAAGAACAUGAGUUUGAAGGACACGUCUGUCAAGCAGCUCAGCUCCAGUUCCACGCAGGACAGUGAAGAGAGUGAAGUCAGCAACAACAACCACCACCAGCAGCAUGAAGGAGUUUCCUCUUCCAACGAGAACGGGGACCCCAAUGCUAACCGCAUUCAGGUGGACGAGGAGAGGACAGGGACAGGGAGAGAGGUGGAGGUGGAGGUUGAGGAGGGAGGACGACUCUCUCCGUCGUUGUCUCAAACUGAGGGGGUGCAGGAUAAGAUCAUAAUAUGGGGUACGGAUUCCCAGUUCGAUGAUCCGGAGUUAGCAGAAUUCGAGAUGCUGGAAUACCAGGAGUUGGAGGCUUACCUGGCUGAGGAGGACGAAACUCUGGAAAAGGAUGACAUGGCUGAAACCAGCUCUCCCUCCGCACCUAAAGCCUCCAGUGACACGAGGGCUAAUGCCUCCAAGAAUGCGGACGAGGAGGCAAAAGGCACAAAGCACGGUGCUUUCCAGGAGCCAGAUACAUCAUCCCAGACAUUCACAGUAUCCAAAGCUGGUAACAGGACGCAGGAGCAAAGUUCUGAAAAUGACCUGUUUGUCACUUGCUUUUCCUCCGUGUCCAGCCUGGGCGGGAGCCUGGCCAGUGCCCUGGACAACGCAGGUCGAUCGCAGGGCACGGAGCCCACAGGACCGUACAGGACGCUCUCGGAGGACCUGACCCUUGCCUCACAGUCCUGCUCGACAGGAGUAUCGGACAGGAGUCGCGCCUCCCAGGUGGCUGUAGCUGUGGCUGCGGCUGCCACCACUGUCACUGCUGGAAAAAGCACAACACACCUUUCAGGGGUUGACCUGAAUCUCAACACAACAGCUCUGUCUGAGGAGGAGCCCACACGAGAAGCACAAGUAAAACAAAAUCAGCAGCAGCAGCAACAACUAGGUCAGGCAGACACUCAGGAGGAGAGCUCAGUUUUGCUUACUAAUGGGUCAGCCAGUGAAAGCAACAGGAACGUCACAGGCGCCAAAUGGGAGCACAUUAAGCUCACAGACUCGGAUCAGGACCAGAGCGUUUCAGAGCACGUCAACGAUGAUCACCAGCCUACUGAUGCAAAACCCAGCUCCCGCCAACCCCAGCCCAGCAAGCUAACGACCUCCGAUGGUACAGCUACAGGCUCGCUUGAGCAACGUUCCUCGGAGGCCAAGUCCGUCCCACCGUCUGCAAAAAAGAUAAGCUCAACCAGACAGAUGCAAGCUACUACAACAAGUCAUAACAUGAAUGGAAAGCCAUCGAGCCGGGAUGAUGUCACAGAGCUGAUGAAUCCAGUGCCGAAUCCCAAGCCCAUCUCAAAGAGUGUGUCCUGCCACGCCGUCUCCCCAAGUCCACCCCUCCUGAAAAAGCAGCCAUCUUUUGAGAGGGCCCGCAGCGCCAGCCCGUCCAGCCUCGACAAGCGGAAACCAUGGGGCAGUCCAACCCGACCGGCGACACCCCCGUCCCCCAAAACCACGUGGUCCCCCAAAAGAAGGCCACUGUCGUCACCUGCUCGAACCUCCGCUGUCAGAGCCCCAAGCCUGGAGCGGAGUGAUUCGCCACAGAGGGGCGCUAGUGGGAUCAAACCACCCUCUAAGGUCAGCAUAGCCACCACUGUCCCUAAACCUGCUGGUACUUCUGCCCAUCAGCAGCAUGACAUGAAACCCAGUGGUGUUGGGGUGAAAACCACCUCCCCUCCUCAUAAGCCCAAAAACGUCCGACCCAAGAUCAUCACCUACGUGCGCAAGAGCCCCCAGGUGAAGCCCCAGGUGCCAGAUCAGGCUCCGUAUGAAGUGUCCACUUUGCCCCCGAGAUUAACUCCAUACUCCAGUCCCCCAGCAGGAAAAGAGCCCAGAGCAGCAGCUGCAGCGGCUGGGGUAGGGGCUGUGGGAUCAAAGUCUGUCCUCAGCUCAGCCAACUUGCUCUAUGACAAGUACAAGCAGGAGAUGCAAAAGCAAGGGUAUUACCCAGGCCACGGGCUAGCAGUGACUGGGAUCCGGCCUCCCAGCCAUAGCCACACGGCUCCCCACAAGCUGGCGGGCAAAUCGGACAGCUUCCACGGAGAGCUGCCAGAGAGAUACAUGCACGAGAUGGGUCGUCAUGGGCAUGGCGGAGGUGUGGCAGGCGGUGGGGUGCCGACGGCCUAUCAGCAGGGAGCCUCGGAUGUCGUCACGGCAGCAGGGGCAGUGUACCGCUCUCCCAGGACCCUGCGGCCGCAGCUGGGUGUCGGGGCCGUUGGCAGGCAGCAGCCCGCUGCUAAAAACAGGAUGAUAAUGGCGGCAGCAGCGGGUCAAAGGUCGUCGCUAGGCAGCAGCCAACCGGCCCCCGGGGGCCCACCCACACACUACUACCAGGACCCCACAGUGGAGCAGAAGAGGCUUCUUGCCCAGGAGGGAGGUGGGCUUCCCAAGUCUCUGCUGCCCAAGCCGGGUCAGUCUGGUCUGCGCCCCCCUGGCUACUCCCACCUGCCCCCCAACCGCCUGGCCGCCUUUGGCUUCGUACGCAGCUCCAGCGUCUCCUCUGUCUCCAGCAACCAAUCCAGCGACAGCACGCACAGCGACCCGUGCCGGCCAGCCAAUCGUCCCCCCAGUGGCUCUGUGCUGGAGGAUGUGCCAGUGCAGAAGACGUCAGCGCCCCCUGCUGAGCCCCCAUGUGCACUGCGCCGCAGCGGUCCACAGCCCCCGAAUGCCCCGCCCCCCACACGACGCAGCUUCCCUCCCCCUACAAGGAGCUCACCCGUGGCCACACGGAAAGAAUUCCAGAAGGAUUCAGAGAGCAUUAAGCCUGCAGUGUCCUCCCCAAAACGCUUUGCUGUGGUGACACCUAAGCCCCAGUCUCCUGUGCGCCAGAAGUCAUCGCUGGGCCGCUCCAGCGGUGCUCAGGAGGCGGAGCGGGAGCGGGAGAAGGAGCGUGAGAAGGAGCGGGAGCGAGAGCGUGCCCUGGUGGAGAAGCUGCGUCAGCGCUGUGAGGAGCAAUCCAGGCAGCUGAAGAACCUCCAGACAGAGCUGAGCCGCGCCAGCCAGGGCCUGGAGGUCUUCGCCAUCACCACUCAGCACUUCUGCCAGAAGAGUGAGAGAGCCAGCGUGAAGGAGAAGGAGCUGUCCCAGGAACUGGGUCGAAUCAGGGAUGAAGUGGCCUGCAGCGUGGCCCGUUGGGAGCGCCUGCGUGGGGAGAAGCAGCAGUUGGAGGAGCGCUUUGAGCAGGAGCUGCGGGGUCUGCGGCAGCAGCAGGAGCUGGAGCUGGGGGCCCUGGAGGAGCGACUGACCUGCCAGCACCGUGCGCACACACUCCGCCUGCAGCGCCAGCACCAGGAGCACAUGGAGGAGGUGCAGGCACAGCACCAGGAGCAGACGGAGGAGUUGAAUGAGAACCAUGAAGCGUCGUUACAGGAGAUGGAAGAGACUCACAGCGCUACUGUAGCCACGCUGCAAGAGGAGCACGCCAGGACCAUCUGCAAUCUUAAAAUGGCCCAUGAGCAGCAGAGGAAGUCCUUAGAAGAAGACUUUGAGAAGCUCAGACUGUCUCUGCAGGACCAGGUGGACACGCUCACCUUUCAGAACCGCAGCCUGCGGGAUCGGGCCAAACGCUUCGAAGAGGCCCUGAGGAAGAGCACAGAUGAACAGAUAGUGGAUGCCCUGGCGCCGUACAGGCAUAUCGAGGAGGACCUGAAGAGCCUGAAGGAGGUUCUGGAGAUGAAGAACCAGCAGAUCCACGAGCAGGAGCUGAAGAUCUUAGAGCUCGAGAAAAUGGCCCAGAAGAACGUGGUGCUGGAGGAGCGCGUGCAGGUCCUGCAGCAACAGAACGAGGACCUGAAGGCCCGCAUCGAGAGCAACCUCGCCAUGUCCAGGCAACUGUCGGAGGAGAACGCCAACCUGCAGGAGUAUGUGGAGAAGGAGUCCAACGAGAAGAAGCGCCUCAGUCGCAACAACGAGGAGUUGCUAUGGCGACUGCAGACGGGUGACCUGAGCCCCCGCAUGUCCCCCCAGGGCUCGCCCCUUCACCGAGCGCCGUCGGGGCCCACCUCCCCCUCGCACUUUGCCAAGCCCUUCCCCAGAUGAGCCCAUUCACCGUCCAAAAACAACAAGAGACGCUUCAAAACCACACCCCAAAAACAGAGACCUCACAAAAUAACACCCAGAGAUCAAACACCCAAAAACAAAGAACCUACAAAAGACCAGAGACCUUAUGAGAAACACACACACACACACACACACACACCCAAGAGGAUAAAUCAUACAUGAAACGCCCA